ACUUCCCACUCCAUCCAACAUGGCAAAGUGAAUAUUACUGCCAAUGACGCGAGUAAUCGGACAUCACCAUCAUAUGUUGCUUUCACUGAAACGAAACAUUCCAUCGGAGAUGCUACUCAAAAUCAAGUUGUUAUGAAUUCUCAAAACGCUAAACACUUGUUUGAUCAUAAAUCUGAUGAUCCAGCUGUUCAGGCCAACAUGAAGCAUAGGCCACUUGAUGUUCUCGAUGUAAAAAGCAAACCAGAAAUCGAAGAAAGCUGCAGGGAUCAAAAGAAGAUCUUUUUAUCAAACACGAACGAGACAACUGAGAUUGAUUUAGAUAAAUCAACUAUAAAUGAUGUUGUAACAGACUCACCACGUCAGGCUAUCAAAAAUGGGGGAACUAUCGCUGGUUUGAAAUUUAAUUUAAUUGUUGCUGUUUCGAAAAAUUUGGGUAUUGGUUUAAAGGGUGGUUUACCAUGGAAAUUGAAAUCCGAACUUAAAUACUUUAGUCAGACGACGAGACGGGUACUAGAUUCUACGAAACGCAAUGUAGUUAUAAUGGGGCGUAAAACUUAUUUUGGAAUACCGCUCAGUAAUAGACCAUUGCGUGAUAGAUUGAACAUCGUUUUAAGCACGACUUUAACAAAACAUGAUUUAUCGGAUGAGGUCUUACUGCAGCCGAAUCUUGAACGGGCUAUGAAAUUUUUGGAGAACGACAAUGAAUUGAAAAGCAGCAUAGAAACUAUUUGGAUAAUAGGCGGUGCAGGUGUUUUUAGAGAUGCCAUGGCUUCUGAACGUUGUCAUCGUUUAUAUAUAACACAAAUACAAUCCAGUUUCGAAUGUGAUGUGUUCCUUCCGGCAAUACCUGAUAAUUUUCAAGAAGUUAAUACCGAUCCUGAGAUACCACAAGGAAUUCAAGUAGAAAAUGGUAUAAGUUUCUUAUAUAAAGUUUUGGAAAAACGAUAACAACGUUCGACAUAAUAAUAAGAAAUUUUUCAAUUAUUAAA